CCUCGGCGUCAGGGGCAUGGAGGAACGGCGGGCUCCGAGCCGCGCCCCGGAGUCCCCGAAACUUCCGAGCGGGCGCCCGUCUGCCCUGCCGCCGCCUCCGCCGCCGCUUCGCCUGCCGGCCUGAGAGCGGGACCAUGGAUGAAAGGUUCAACAAGUGGCUGCUGACGCCGGUGCUCACUCUCCUCUUCGUGGUCAUCAUGUACCAGUACGUGUCCCCCUCCUGCACCAGCUCCUGCACCAACUUCGGGGAGCAGCCCCGCGCGGGGGAGGCCGGCCCGCCAGCCGUUCCGGGUCCCGCCCGCCGAGCUCCGGCGCCGCCUGAGGAGUGGGAGCGGCGGCCCCAGCUUCCCCCGCCGCCCCGGGGGCCGCCCGAGGGGCCUCAGGGGGCCGCGGCGCCGGAGGAGGAGGACGAGGAGCCCGAAGACCCGGAGGAGGAGGAGGAAGAGGAGGAGGAAGACGAGCCGGACCCCGAGGCCCCGGAGAACGGCUCCCUGCCCCGGUUCGUGCCGCGCUUCAACUUCACCCUGAAGGACCUGACCCGCUUCGUGGAUUUCAACAUCAAAGGGCGCGACGUGAUCGUGUUCCUGCACAUCCAGAAGACCGGGGGCACCACGUUCGGCCGGCACCUGGUGAAGAACAUCCGGCUGGAGCAGCCCUGUAGCUGCAAAGCCGGCCAGAAGAAGUGCACCUGCCACCGGCCUGGCAAGAAGGAGACGUGGCUCUUCUCCCGAUUCUCCACCGGCUGGAGCUGCGGGCUGCACGCCGACUGGACGGAGCUAACCAACUGCGUGCCGGCCAUCAUGGAGAAGAAGGACUGUCCCCGCAACCACAGCCACACCAGGAAUUUCUAUUACAUCACAAUGUUACGGGACCCAGUGUCGCGUUACCUGAGUGAGUGGAAACACGUCCAGAGAGGGGCCACGUGGAAAACCUCUCUUCACAUGUGUGAUGGAAGAAGCCCCACCCCUGAUGAGCUGCCUACCUGCUACCCUGGGGAUGACUGGUCUGGGGUCAGCUUGCGGGAGUUUAUGGAUUGCAGCUACAAUCUGGCUAACAAUCGCCAGGUGCGCAUGCUGGCUGACCUCAGCUUGGUGGGCUGCUACAACUUGACUUUCAUGAACGAAAGUGAAAGAAACACCAUCCUGUUGCAGAGUGCAAAGAACAACCUGAAGAACAUGGCCUUCUUUGGGCUUACAGAGUUCCAGAGGAAGACACAGUUUCUCUUUGAGAGAACAUUCAACCUCAAGUUCAUCUCCCCCUUCACGCAGUUCAACAUCACGCGGGCUUCUAACGUGGAGAUCAAUGAGGGUGCCCGCCAACGCAUUGAGGAACUAAACUUCCUGGACAUGAAGCUUUACGAGUAUGCGAAAGAUCUCUUCCAGCAGCGCUACCACCACACCAAGCAGCUAGAGCACCAGAGGGACCGCCAGAAGCGGCGGGAGGAGCGGAGGCUGCAGCGGGAGCACAGGGUCCACCAGUGGCCCAAAGAGGAUGGGGCCACAGAGGGGACUGUCACCGAGGACUACAACAGCCAGGUGGUGAGAUGGUGACCCCCUGCCCUCUCCUCUCUCAGGAGGGGGAGGAUGAGCAGGCACACUGACCUUCUGUUGAGUUACCGUGGAGAAGCUGGGCCGUUCUGAGGACAUCUGGCUGUGUGUAUUUGAUGUGGACAUCUGCUUCCUUGUCUUCAUUUUUAUCCAGCUGGAGAUUAUCUAUCUUGUUCUUUUUUUUUUUUUUUUUU